CUGCGCGGCUGACGCCGUGCGGAUUUCGCUGCAGGGACGCGGUGACAGGGAUUUGCGGGUCGCGUUCUCUCCCUCCGAUACAACGUUGCCGCGUUUGUACUCGGUGACGGGCGUGGAGAUUAUUGGUGGGGACGAGACUUUCGGAGCGAAUACCCUACUCCAAAGAGGGAUGAGCACCCUUAGAUGGUUGUAACUGUGGCAAGUGGUCGAAAGUUCUCAUGUGUUCUUCCCCGCAGGCUUUUCCACCAGUUGCCCAUUUCCAUGCCUGGCUUGACUCUGGAUAAAGACAACUUUGGGGGGCUUCCUUUUUGGUUCGGGUUUAGAACGUUUACCCUUAGGGGAACGGAAAUCUGCUGAAUGGCUAAUAGAAUUUCUUGUUUACAGGAAAGCAUUUAAGAAGCAAAGCUUAGGGGGGCUUAUUCGUGGGAAUGGUUCCCAGGGAGACCCUGGAAGGUGCAGGUGGUCCGCUUUAAACAAGGGUGUACUGUUGUUCACUUGUGAUGGCAUUUGGAGCUCUGGUCUAUCUUUAGGCCAAGAAAUGGGGCCCUUAUGGAGGCCUCCAGCAGCGGCUGAGUUAGAAGUGGGGGUGGGGAGCUUGGUGUGUCCCCACUUUGAGAAAUAAAAGCAGAGGUGGGCCUCCAAGUACUAAUUCUCCUGGAGUCAGAAACUGUUUUCCGAGUCCUUUCCUCUGAGCGGUUGGUAAUUUCUUCCCAUAUUUUGGGUUGCUGGUCUGGUUCCCUUUGUAACUUUCAGCAUUUGAGAGACCAGAGCGUUUGGCUUUAAAGUUAUUAGGGAGGUUGGGAGCUGUGGCCGGGAAACUUUCCUAAUGUGGUGAGAACUACUAAAGGAGCAGAAGGAAGGAGAAGGGGAGACUAGAGUUAGUCAUGGCCCCAGAAGAAUUGUUUUUCAAAGGCUCAACUCUAAAGCCUUGAGCGCAACACAAAGCUUUUAAUAUAAACAUGAAGGAAAAAAUGAGAAGAAUAAACCUGAAUACCAAUCCUUUAUGUUGUAUUUUAGGAGUCCAGCUAUCCUUCCCCAAGAAGAAAUCUAUUAGUUUUAGACUGGGGAAUUCCUUUACGUAAACAAUUAGAAUGAAAGAACCUUUGGAUGGUGAAUGUGGCAAGGCAAUGGCACCACAGCAGGGACUUCUGGACAAAAUUAAAGAAGAACCUGACAAUGCUCAAAUGAGGAAACCGAAGUACAAAGAGGUCAAGCAAUUUACCAGGGAUCACACCUCAUAAAUGGCAGACUAGAUUCAAAUUCAGGAGUAUGGACAUGCCCCAAAGCCAAAAACUCAAGAAAGUGAACUGAAAAUUAGUGCUGUGUUUUCAGUCAGUGACAGUCCUCUUGCCCAACAGUUGACUCCAGGCUUUCAGUUUUCUCUUGCAUCAUCUGGCCCAAAUGUAUUGCUUCCUUCAGCUCCAGCCGUAGCUAUUCAGGUUUUUUGUUCUGGUUGUAAAAAAAUGCUUUAUAAAGGGCAAACUGCAUAUCAUAAGACAGGAUCUACUCAGCUCUUUUGCUCCACGCGGUGCAUCACUGGAUAUCCUUCACCUGUCUGCGUACCAACUCCUCCCAGGAAAACCUGCACAAACUGCUCAAAAGACAUUUUAAAUCCAAAGGAUGUGAUCACGACCCGUUUUGAAAAUUCUAGCAAAGAUUUCUGCAGCCAAUCAUGCCUUUCUUCUUAUGAGCUAAAGAAGAAGCCUGUUGUUACCAUAUAUACUAACAGCAUUUCAACCAAGUGCAGCAUGUGUCAGAAGAAUGCUGAUAUCCGAUUUGAAGUUAAAUAUCAAAAUGUGGUACAUGGUCUUUGUAGUGAUGCCUGUUUCUCAAAAUUUCACUCCGCCAACAACCUCACCAUGAACUGUUGUGAGAACUGUGGGGGCUACUGCUACAGCAGCUCUGGGCCUUGCCGGUCCCAGAAGGUGUUUAGUUCAACAAGCGUCACAGCAUAUAAGCAGAAUUCAGCCCAAACUCCUCCAUACGCCUUGGGGAAAUCAUUGAGGCCUUCAGCAGAAAUGAUUGAGACUACCAACGACUCAGGAAAAACCGAACUUUUCUGCUCUAUUAAUUGCUUAUCUGCUUAUAGAGUUAAGACCGUUAUUUCUUCAGGUGUCCAGGUUUCAUGUCAUAGUUGUAAAACCUCAGCAAUCCCUCAGUAUCACCUAGCCAUGUCCAAUGGAACUAUCUAUAGCUUCUGCAGCUCCAGUUGUGUGGUGGCUUUCCAGAAUGUAUUUAACAAGCCAAAAGGAACAAACUCGUCAGCGGUGUCCCUGUCUCAGGGCCAAGGGGUUGUAAGCCCACCGGCUGGGUCAUCAGUAUCAGCUGGAGGAGGUAACACCUCUGCUGGUUCCCCUGCCUCCAUCAGUGGCUCUCCUGCAGCCAGUUUCCGGCCUCUUGCGGCCCCAUCCCAGCAAGUUGCUUUAACCCGGACACUUGUUAAACUCAAGUGUCAGCACUGUAACCAUCUGUUUGCCACAAAACCAGAACUUCUGUUCUACAAGGGUAGAAUGUUUCUUUUUUGUGGCAAGACUUGUUCUGAUGAAUACAAAAAGAAAAAUAAAGUUAUGGCAAUGUGUGAUUACUGUAAACUGCAGAAAAUUAUAAAGGAGACUGUCCGAUUCUCAGGGGUUGAUAAGCCAUUCUGUAGUGAAGUUUGCAAAUUCCUCUCUGCCCGUGACUUUGGAGAGCGCUGGGGGAAUUACUGUAAGAUGUGCAGUUACUGCUCACAGACAUCCCCUAAUUUGGUAGAAAAUCGAUUGGAAGGAAAGCUAGAAGAGUUCUGUUGUGAAGAUUGCAUGUCCAAAUUUACAGUUUUGUUUUAUCAGAUGGCCAAGUGUGAUGGCUGUAAACGACAGGGUAAGCUAAGUGAGUCCAUAAAAUGGCGAGGAAACAUCAAACAUUUCUGUAACUUAUUUUGUGUCUUGGAGUUUUGUCAUCGACAAAUUAUGAAUGACCCUCUUUCACAAAAUAAAGUAAAUAUUUAUAAGGCGCAAACUACUUCAACGGAGCUCCCUUCUACAAGGAAAAAUACAACACCAGUUAUAACCAGUGUGGUGUCAUUGGCAAAAAUACCUCCUGCCCAGCCCACAGGGAACACUAAUAGUGUUUUAAAAGGUGCAGUUACUAAAGAGGCAACACAAAAAGUCAUUGAAGAUGGAAGCACACAGAUAGAUGCCACAAAACUUCUAUCUUCCCAGUCUUCCAAGCUUUUAAAGAACAAAGCAGUAUUGUGCAAGCCUGUCACACAGACCAAGGCCACCUCUUGCAAACCACAUACACAACACAAGGAAUGUCAGACAGAUUUACCUAUGCCUAAUGAGAAAAAUGAUGCGGAACUUGAUUCUCCACCUGCAAAGAAAAAAAGAAUAGGUUUUUUCCAGACUUAUGAUGCGGAAUAUUUAAAAGUUGGUUUUAUUAUCUGUCCAGGAUCAAAAGAAAGUUCACCAAGGCCACAAUGUGUCAUUUGUGGAGAAAUCUUAUCCACUGAAAACAUGAAGCCAGCAAAUCUUUCUCAUCAUCUGAAGACAAAACAUUCAGAAUUAGAAAACAAACCAGUAGAUUUUUUUGAACAAAAAUCUCUUGAAAUGGAAUGUCAGAAUAGUUCUUUAAAAAAGUGUUUACUAGUUGAAAAGUCACUUGUGAAAGCUUCUUAUUUAAUUGCUUUCCAAAUUGCUGCCAGCAAGAAGCCAUUCUCCAUUGCCGAAGAAUUAAUUAAACCGUAUUUAGUGGAAAUGUGUUCAGAAGUUUUGGGUUCAAGUGCUGGAGACAAAAUGAAAACCAUUCCUCUUUCUAAUAACACGAUUGGACACAGGAUUGAUGAGUUGUCUGCAGACAUUGAAGAUCAGCUGAUUCAAAAAGUCAGAAAGUCAAAGUGGUUUGCCCUUCAGGUAGAUGAAUCAUCAGAAAUCUCAAAUAUCACCCUUCUUUUGUGCUAUAUUCGUUUCAUUGAUUAUGAUUGCAGUGAUAUAAAAGAAGAAUUACUAUGUUGCAUUGAAAUGCCUUCUCAAAUAACUGGUUUUGAAAUAUUUGAACUAAUAAAUAAAUAUAUUGAUAGUAAGUCUCUGAAUUGGAAACACUGUGUUGGUCUCUGUACAGAUGGGGCUGCAAGCAUGACUGGCAGGUGUUCUGGUUUAAAGGCAAAGAUUCAAGAAAUCGCCACGAAUACAGUGGCAUUUACACACUGUUUUAUUCACCGUGAGCAUUUAGCAGCAGAAAAGUUGUCUCCAUGCUUACAUAAAAUUCUUUUGCAGUCAGCACAAAUUUUAAGUUUUAUAAAGAGCAAUGCAUCAAAUUCACGAAUGUUAACGAUUUUGUGUGAAGAAAUGGGGCCUGAGCAUGUGAAUCUACCCCUUCAUGCUGAAGUACGUUGGAUUUCGAGAGGGAGAAUUUUAACAAGAUUAUUUGAACUACGACAUGAAAUUGAAAUUUUUUUAAACCAGAAGCAUUCAGAUUUGGCCAAGUAUUUUCUUGAUGAAGAAUGGGUUGCAAAGCUGGCCUAUUUAUCAGAUAUUUUUUCACUUAUAAAUGAACUCAACUUAAGUCUCCGAGGAACUAUGACUACUCUCUUCAAUUUGUAUAAUAAAAUGGAUAUACUUAAGGAAAAGUUAAAAAUGUGGUUGAAGCGCACACAAGAGAAUGAUUAUGACAUGUUCCCUUCAUUUUCCGAAUUCGUAAACUCAUCAGACUUAAAUAUGAGAAGCAUUGCAAGCAUUAUUUUUGAGCACCUGGAAGGACUUUGUCAAAUGUUCAAUGACUGUUACCCACCAGAAGAAGACUUGCGUUCAGGAAAUUUGUGGAUAAUUAAUCCUUUUAUGAAUCCCAAAGAUAGUAAUCUCAUGGACUUCGAAGAAGAAAAACUAGUACAGCUAUCUUCAGAUUUGGAAUUACAGUCAGUAUUUAAAUCAAUGUCUGUGACUCAGUUUUGGAUAAAUGCAAAGACAAAUUACCCAGAACUCCAUGAAAAGGCAAUGAAGUUUUUAUUGCCCUUUUCAACUGUUUAUUUAUGUGAUGCUACAUUUUCCGCUUUGACUGAGUCAAGACAAAGAAAUCUGUUGGUUUCUGGUCCUGCUCUAAGACUUGCAGUCACAUCUUUAAUUCCAAGGAUAGAAAAAUUAGUAAAGGAGAAAGAAUAGUAAGAUGGGUAUUGCUAAUGAUCAAAGUCUAUAAUUUUGUGUUAAAUUUUGUAUAAAUAUCCUAAAAUAUAAUUUCCUAAUGUGGAUAUGUGUUUUCAGUGAUUAUAUGUUUUAAUAAUUUUUCUUUUUGUUGAGGAAUAAUUGUGCAUUUAUACCUAGUUAUAUAUUAUAAUUUUAAUAGUCCAAGGCAGAGAAUUUAGCUAUUUGAUUGAUUGGAUCAUCUGGAUUAGGGACAAAAAUGGUCACAAAAAGCCUGUUUGUAAUGUAUCAGCACACCUGGAUGUUAAUCUGCUUGGCCUUUAGAAGCACAUGGGACAUUGCAGUCUUCAGCCAGGCAGCCACCCACCCCAGCAGGUUGUGGGUACGUGGAAAACAAAGAUCUAAGCAGCUUGGCUGAUCAGAAAUAGAAGCUGCAGGAGAGUAGGGGUUUCUGUGGCGCUCUAGACCAGGGCUUGGCAAACUUUUCCCAUAAAAGGCCAGAUAGUGAAUACUUUAGGUUUUGCAGGCCAUGUGGUGGCAACUAGUCAAUUUUGGGUUUGCAGCACAAAAGCAGCUGUAGGCAAUACACAGACAAAUGAGUGUGGCUGUGUUUCAAUAAAACUUUAUGAACAUUGAA